GGUGCCGACGAGGCCGCCGCGGGGCCCGGCGCUCGACAUGAACCGCAGCCACCGGCACGGGGCGGGCAGCGGCUGCCUGGGCACCAUGGAGGUGAAGAGCAAGUUUGGAGCCGAAUUUCGUCGAUUUUCACUGGAAAGAUCGAAACCCGGGAAAUUUGAGGAGUUUUACGGAUUACUGCAGCACGUUCACAAGAUUCCCAACGUCGACGUCCUGGUGGGCUACGCGGACGUCCACGGGGACUUGCUGCCCAUCAACAACGACGACAAUUACCACAAAGCCGUGUCCACGGCCAACCCCCUGCUGAGGAUCUUCAUCCAGAAGAAGGAGGAAGCAGACUACAGUGCCUUCGGGACAGACACGCUAAUAAAGAAGAAGAAUGUUCUCACCAACGUGUUGCGGCCUGACAACCACAGGAAGAAGCCGCACAUCGUCAUCAGCAUGCCCCAAGACUUCAGACCCGUGUCGUCCAUCAUAGACGUGGACAUCCUGCCAGAGACGCACCGGCGGGUGCGCCUGUACAAGUACGGCACCGAGAAACCCCUGGGCUUCUACAUCCGGGACGGCUCCAGCGUCAGGGUGACGCCGCACGGCCUAGAGAAGGUCCCGGGCAUCUUCAUCUCCCGGCUCGUCCCCGGGGGGCUGGCCCAGAGCACGGGGCUUCUGGCGGUCAACGACGAGGUCCUAGAGGUCAACGGCAUAGAAGUUUCGGGGAAGAGUCUGGACCAGGUGACAGACAUGAUGAUCGCCAACAGCCGCAACCUCAUCAUCACCGUGAGGCCGGCGAACCAGCGGAACAACGUGGUCAGGAACAGUCGGACGUCCGGCAGCUCGGGCCAGUCCACUGACAACAGCCUUGCCGGCUGCCCGCAGCAGGCCGAGCCCAGCUUCGAGCCGGAGGACGAAGACAGCGACGAAGACGACAUGGUCAUCGAGGACAACGGGGUUCCGCGGCAGAUCCGCAGAGCCGCCCCACGCGCGGCCGGCAGCCUCGAGUCGCUCACGCAGAUCGAGCUCAGCUUCGAUUCUGCGCAGAACGGGUUCCUUCCUCCUGCCGAGAUGGGCUCCGCGUCCGUGGCCAGCGGCACCUGCACGGAGCCACGUGCCCCGGGGCAGAGACUCCUGGAGGAAGACGGCACGAUCAUCACGUUGUGAAGCCGAGGGGGCUGUGUGGGGCUGCGCGGGGCCGCUGGGGUGAGCACGCUACACACUGUGCCUCUGGACCAGCGUGCGGACUAGCCAGAGCCAGAGACGAGCGCCGGGAGCUGAUGUUACUGAAGUAGCAGCCUGGGAACUUAGCAGACUUCGGUCAGAGGUGAAGGCAAGUCUCAGGGGGGCCUCUGCUUGGCAGUGAUACGUGUUUGCUGUUCUGUGUACGGGGAGCUAGAGAGCGCACUGGG